AUGAACCAGUGCGUGCCGAGCUGGGAUCUGGACGACCCGGCGGUGGUCGCUGGCCGAGGCGGCGGCCUAAACCACCAUCAGGUCUCGACGACGACCGCCGGCGGCGGGGCGCACCGGGGCCUGCAGGUGUCAGCUGGGGCCGCGGGCGGGGCGUUCGCUCCCGUCGUCGUGCCCAUGUCGGACCAGUACUACGAGGUGGCGGAGCUGACGUGGGAGAAGGGCAACAUCUCCUCUCACGGGCUGGGGCUGCUUAACCGCCCGGUGCAGCACAAGUACCCGCCCGCCGUGCGGCCGUCGUCGCAGCUGCAGGCCAUAGGAGUCAGCGCCGGCGGCGGAUCGUGUGGGGACCGCGAGACGCUCGAGGCGGUGGUCGGAGAGGCGGCCGCGCGGUCACACUUCCUCUCGCAGUUGCAGCCGGUGCAUCACCCGGCGCCUUGGGUCGGGGUGGUGGGCGGCGGCGUCGACGCCGUGGCGGCGCGGUCCGCGGCGGACGCGCUAGUGCCGUGCACCGCCGUAAGGGUGGACGAGGCGGCGGCAGAGGGAGGAGACCCGGGCGCCUCGAGGAGGAAGCGGGCACGCGUGGUUGGCGAGGACGGCGGUCUGGUGUGCGCCAGCCAGGGGAGCACCGCCGCCGCGCCCGGGCCCGGCCGCCGCGGCGAGAGCGCGCUGCUCACGCUGGACGCCUGCUGCGGCACCGGCGGGGUCGAUGACGUGUGCGGCUUCACGACGACCACCACCAACUCCACGUCCUUGGAGCGCGACGACAAGGGCUCCCCGGACACUGAGAACACCAGCAUCGGUGGAGGCGCCAGUGAUUCUCGCUGUUUCAGCCGCCGGUCACAGGCAAGCUAG